CGGGGAAGGGGCGGGCAGGCAGGACGGGGCUCCCCGCGGCGCGGCUCGCUCCUCCCCUCGGCGCCGAGGCGGAGCGGGGAGGUGUCGGGGGGUUGGUCGUGCCCCUAUGGCCCUGGAGCCGGGUCAGCGGGCACGGUAGCUGCCUUCGGCUGUCGCCGCGGGUGAGUCGGGGCUGCCCAGGGAGGGCGGGCUGGAGAUGAGCCUCGCCGCCGUUCUGCGAGCAGCGGCCGGAGGCUGAGCCACAAAGAAGUUUCCCGGGCGGUCGGCGGCAACGCGGCGCUCCCCCAUGCACACCCCCGGCCGCCGGCCCUGGGGCGCUGCCCCGCAGGCGCCCGGCGCCGACCGCGCUAUGCAGCCCCGCGCGGGGUUGCACAGCAGCCCGGAGCUCAGCCGGUCCAAGCGGCUGAGCGUCGGGGAGCUCCGCUCCCUCUUCGAGGCUCGCUGCGCCGCUGUCGCCGCCGCCGCCGCCCGGCAGCUGCCCGACCCGGCGAAGAGGGGCUGCCGGCCCCCCAACGGGGUGCUGCCGCCCGUCAUCCCGCGGCUCACCGUCACCGCCGAGGAGAGCGAGGAGGCGCAGGGCAGCCCCCAAGCGCAGCCGCCGCACACGGAGGGCGGCUGGCUGAGGACGGACAGCUCGCUGCACCUGCAGUCCCGACGGCUUUCCACCUCCUCGCUGUCCUCCACCGGCUCCUCGUCCCUCCUGGAGGACUCCGAGGACGACGUGCUGAGCGACACGGAGUGCAGGAGCCAGGGCAUCGUGCACCUGGAGCACGGCGAGGACACCAACCAGAAAAAAGCAUGGCAUACAAUUAAAACCAUGGUUAACUUACCAGUCAUCAGCCCCUUCAAGAAACGCUACUCGUGGGUGCAACUGGCUGGGCAUACAGGGAGUUUCAAGGCAGCUGAUAGCGGGAAGAUACUCAAGCGCUUCUCAGAGAAUGAAAAGGAGUGUUUUGAGCGACUGAUGAAAGACCCGCUCCGCGCCUGCGUCCCUUGCUUCCAUGGUGUGGUGGAGAGAGAUGGAGAGAGCUACAUUCAGCUGGAUGACUUGCUUACUGAUUUUGAAGGGCCUUCUGUGAUGGACUGCAAGAUGGGGAUCAGGACAUACCUGGAGGAAGAGCUGACUAAGGCCCGUGAGAAACCAAAGCUGCGUAAAGACAUGUACAAGAAAAUGAUUGAAGUGGAUCCUCUUGCUCCCACAGCUGAAGAGAAUGCUCAGCAUGCUGUCACCAAACCCCGAUACAUGCAGUGGAGGGAAACCAUCAGCUCUAGUGCCAACCUGGGCUUCAGGAUUGAAGGGAUUAAGAAGGCGGAUGGAACAUGUAACACAAACUUCAAAACUACGAAGACACAGGAGCAAGUUCUCCAGGUUUUUGUGGAAUUCAUUGAGGGCAACACAACUAUUCUGAACAAAUACCUCAAGCGUCUGCAGGAAAUUCAUAUCAUUCUUGAAUCCUCAGACUUCUUCAAGCGACAUGAGGUCGUUGGAAGUUCACUACUUUUUGUACAUGAUGGCAGUGGGAAUGCCAAUGUGUGGCUGAUUGAUUUUGGAAAGACCACCCUUCUCCCUGAUGGGCAGACACUGGAUCACAGGAUCCCCUGGGAAGAAGGCAACAGGGAGGAUGGGUACUUGUUGGGGUUGGACAAUUUGAUUGGCAUCUUGGAAAGCAUUACUGAGAGAUGAGUUGAGAAUGACACAAAACUUGCAGGGCUUCUCUGUGACUUUCUGCUUUACUGGAUCACUCAGUCUGAAGGAAACCUUUAACUCCCUCCAAACUCCCGAGGUCAUCAGUGCAGAGGGAGCUGCUUCCAGAACCCAGCAGCUGGUGACCAAAAUGACUUUGCAUCGGCCCUCUAUGAACCUGAAUAACUCCAGAUUGGUUUGCAUUGCACCAGCCUAACUUCAGACUGGUCCUCAGAGAAUGAAGAUCUCCAUGCUCAGGAAUCACUCCAGCAUGAGUCAAGAGGUCUGUAUGGUAAACCAGAAUGAUUCUGUUUUCUGGCAAACCAAUGGGACUCCAGAUUUUGCCUCUUAGUGAACCAGAGCAAGUGCUUGGAGAUUCAGGGUAGGAAUAACAGUUUUUCAGGGAACUGCGUAGUUUUGAAACCAGCAAAAGUUGGGGUUGUUUUUUUUCCCUCUGAUUCCAAGCCUCCUUUCUCCUGUGUACACUAUAGGUUGGACCAACAACUUCUGUAUUGUGUUACAGUGUGCACAAGGUGGAAAUGGGUGAUAAUCACAAGAAACCUGGAGCAAAGGGAGACAGCAGUUUGUAGUGCCUGCAUGUGACUUCUGUGUCUAUUCCUCCUCCUCCCUACCCUAGCCUCUAUUCACUUCGACCCGGGAACAGCCUUUGCUUUCUAUGUAGCCUCUCAGGAGAUUACAGAUACUUUAGGGAGAGAACAGCAGCCUAUUGUCUCCACAAACAUUUGACUUUGAGGCUGGGUGAGCUGUUGGAAAAGUUCCUAGCUUGGCAGAUUUGGCCUCUUGCAGCUGAACUGCAGCUCUGAAAAUCAGUAGUGGCUCUCACACACAGCCCAGGGAUCUAAGGGCUUUUUCCAAGGCUUGUUUAUUUCUAGAGAUAAACCCCUUAUACCCGUGCACAUACAAGCAUGCACUGGUAGCCAGCAACCGAUGUGGUCUUUUAAGAUCAUGGUUUGACUGUCUCCUACUGCGUGUGACUUCUUAGCCAUAUAAUAUGAUGCUUCCAGUUAAUUGUAUAGACUGGCACACUGAUCAUCUUUCUGUGUUCACAGUGCUACACUAACGAUGAGAGAAUUCCCAGGCAUCCUUCCUCCCAGGUAUCAGCUGUUAACUCAGGGCAGUUUCGGGGAAGGAAUGUCAAUGUAUCACAUCCCCUAGUCCCCAUCUGGAACUGCGGAGCCAUCUGUGGUUCAUCCUUCUUUUGCUGUGGCCUGAGCACAACCACAGAAGAUUCACAGCAUUAAAGUCAAGAAAGUGAUUUUUUUUUUUUAGUGGCUUCACAUACCUGCUCUGAUGGUUGCCUCUGAUCACUUAAACAGUUCUUUAAAUGCUAGCAGUAAAAUACUAUCAGUAGUCACAUGUUCACUUGCAUUCCAGGUUUUAACAUUAAUAACAUGAUGGUGCAGUUUUCAAACUGAGGACACAACUUGUAUUACUUGAUUCUUAAUCCCCUUUCAACAGCUGGUAAUGCACACUGAUCAGAAACUGCUGCCUUUUGCUGGGGUCCUCUGCUCAGGAGAGAUUCUGAGAACUUUAGGAUAUAUGAAGGUGACCCCAUGCUUUGGGAAAUGGCUAUUUCAAUACUAAUUGUGAUCAUGAGUAAAAAAAUAGACUGUAGAGUCCAGAUCUGGAAUGAAAUCUGUAUCUACAGCAUUUAUAAUUAGAAUUUAAGAGUCUACAAUAAUUUCUAAAGGGAGUUUCUGUAGAUAACACACUACUGUACUAAGACAUCAGUCAUAUUUAAUGACUUUUUCAUCGCCUCUAAACAAAACAGCAGUAUUAAAAAUUCAAGCUCAGUUGUGACUUGAAAGUUAAAUGGCAGAGAGUGGGUAUUCUGUAGGAAGUAAUGACAUGGAAACAUUUCAUCCUACCCCAGCAGUUGUUUGAAACUGGUAAUCAUUGCAGUUCACUGCAAAUUCAGACUUCUCUGGCCUCCCAGAGUCCCUCUCAGUUUUGUUUUCGUGACAGUAAGUUAACGAAUUUUCCACUUAGAUAUUUCAGAGGAUUUACACAUUUUUUAUAUGACAGAGAGCACAGAUGUUGUCAUUGCAGAAGCCUCUGAAGUUUUGAACUGCUAUGAGAUGAAAAACUAAGCUGUGGUGAAUUUCAUACAAUUGAAGUCUUCCUCCUUUCCUGCAGCUGACAGGUAAACGUGUUAGCAGUGCUUAAGCAGGAAGUAACUAGGCCUCCCAGGGGAGGACUUUAGUACCAAUGCCUUUUCUAUGAGACUGCAAUUGCAGCAGUCCUACCAUAAUGAAAAUAAGACAUUAGAAAAGUUAGAAAUGAGCCUGUUCAGGUGAUAGCAUUCAGUAGUGGUUUGCCUGAUUGAUUGAUCUUCAGAGUUAAAUUUGUUUCAGAAGAAUUAAACUUCUUCUGUUACCACACAAGUGACUCUUUGCACCAGUGUAACUUAUUUUCUAGAGGGGAGAUUUGGAGGGUACAAAUUGAUGCUCAAGAGUCAGUUGAGAAUUUGAGAUAC